AUGCAUAUGACACCACAGCAGGAACUUGAAUUUCAAGCAGCAACGCACUGCCAUAUUUGUGAACAGUCAUUUAAAUCUGGUCAAAAGAAAGUUCGAGAUCACAAUCACCUUAUCCCGGAGAACAACUUCCGCGGAGCGGCAUGUGAGGGAUGCAACGUCAACUACCAGGACACUCAUACAAUUCCGGUGGUGUUCCACAACUUGAGUGGAUAUGAUGCUCACUUUGUUGUAACAGAUAUUGCCACUAGAAUGGACGGCAAGAUCGACUUGCUCCCUAUAACCAAGGAGAAAUAUAUUUCUUUUACCAAACACAUCAACGAGUCACGCAUAUGCUUUAGAUUUAUAGACAGCUUCCGGUUUAUGGCAUCAUCGUUAGAUAAAUUAUCAUCAGCUCUAACGAACUUUCCUAAUCUAAAGUCACAAUUCUCUACACUACCUGAAGAUCAAUUUAAUAUUUUAACUAAAAAGGGUAUUAUGCCGUAUGAUUACUUCGACUCGUUCGACCGUUUCGAUGAGCUGUGUCUGCCUCCUCAAGAUGCGUUUUACAAUAAAUUGGAAGAUAAGCCCUGUCCCAGAAGAAUGUAUCGUAGAGCUCAGGAGGUGUGGAGCAGAUUUAACUGCAGCAACUUGGGUCAAUAUGUUGACUUGUACAUGAAGACUGAUAUUCUACUCCUUGCAGAUGUCUUUGAACAGUUUAGAUCAAGCUGUAUUAGCACUUAUGAUUUAGAUCCGGCCCACUAUUUUACACUACCAGGCUUUACUUGGGAUGCCAUGUUGAAAUACACGCGACAAGAGCUGGAACUCCUUACCGACCAGGAUAUGUUUCUCUUUGUCGAGCGGGGUAUUCGUGGAGGGUUAAGUCAAGUCUGCUCUAAAAGAAGAGCUCAUGCAAACAACAAAUAUAUGUCCAAAUAUGAUUCAACGAAACCGGAUGUCUAUCUAAUGUACAACGAUAUCAAUAACCAGUAUGGCUGGAGUAUGAGUCAAUAUCUUCCAUAUGGAGGCUUUGAAUGGGUAGACUCCAACAUCGAUAUCACUACGAUUCCGGAUGAUGCAGAUGAAGGCUACAUUCUAGAAGUUGAUUUGGAGUAUCCACAGCAUUUGCAUGACGCUCACACGGAUUUACCGUUCUGUGCAUUACACAUCAACCCGAAGACUAUGAAACCGCCAACUGAAGCUGCGGAAAUUUCAAAACUCAUGGCGACCUUAAAUAAUAAAGAAAAAUACGUCAUCCACUAUCGAGCCUUGAAGCAAGCAUUAGCCCAUGGUCUAAUUCUCUCCAAAGUACAUAGGGUACUCAAAUUUAAACAGUCCCCUUGGCUAAAGUCCUACAUUGACCUUAAUACAGAACUAAGAAAAAAAGCCAAAAAAGAAGAACUUGUUUAA